AGCUCAUUCACUACUUGGGAGUCGCAAACGGCAAACCAAGUGCAUUCAAGCUGGAGUCUCUAACGAGGACAAAUCUCAUCUAGACCCGGAUCUUUGGCUAUAUGCAGUACAUGGUACUGUAAAGACUUGCUACGAAUCAGGACUUUUCUUUUCAAGCAGUAAAACAAGCAGCAGUGAUGGAGGAUUCAGCAGUAGUUGAUCAGCAACCUACCAACUCCGCAUAUGAGCACCACGUCGUUCAGGUUGCUCCGACCCCGUGCUACGAUGAUCUGUUCCCGGCCCUACCGGAAAGUGCUCCACCGCGUUUCAAUAACCAAACUAUUCUGCCUGCUACGCAAAACAUGCGUGUCGGUAGUUCGGUUGUUACCCAGGUCUUUAUUGUGCCGUCGGGAGAGCGCAAGUACGAUUCGGACAAGUUUGGUGAGGGAGAAUCAUUGCGCACCUGCCAAAACAUCAUGAAGGAAACCAACGCCCAUAUUGAAAUUUCGAGUGGCAAGGACCAAUCGUUGACUUUUUUGGUGACUGGUAAACCGAACGAGGUGAUCGAAGCUCGCCGCAAGAUUCUGGUGCAUUUCCAGACUCAGGCGAGCAAGUCGAUCAGUAUUCCGCGGGAACAUCACCGCUGGAUUCUCGGUAAAAAGGGUGAAAAAUUGCGUGAGCUGGAGAAGAUCACCGCUACCAAGAUCAAUGUGCCACGUAUUUCCGAUGAAUCGGAUAUCAUAACGAUUUCCGGUACUAAGGAAGGCAUCGAGAAGGCCGAGCAUGAAAUUCGAACCACUUCGGAUGAGCAAUCACGCAAAGCUUUCGAACGGGUCAAUAUCCCGAAGAUCUACCAUCCUUUUAUUAUGGGGCCGCAAAAUGAAAACGUCAAUAAGAUGAUGGAGGAAACCGGCGCAAAGAUCAACAUCCCGCCGCCAUCGGUGCAGAAAGACGAAAUCAUUAUAACCGGCGAAAAAGAAGGUGUCCUGCAAGCAAAGGAGCGCAUUGAAGCCAUUAGCAAGGAGAUGGAAAAAAAGUGCACCAGUGUUGGUGUGGAGGUUCCCCGUGCUCAGCACAAGUACAUUGUUGGACCUAAAGGUGCUACCAUCCAGGAGAUUCUGGCGAUGACUGGCGUUUCAGUGGAGAUGCCUGCAAGCGAUGCCCCAAAUGAUACCAUCACUCUGCGUGGCCCGCAGGACAAGCUCGGCAAUGCUCUGAGUGUCGUGUACCAGAAGGCAAACUCUGUUCGCACUACGACACUGGAGUGUCCUCAAUGGAUCCAUAAGUACAUCAUUGGACGAGAGGGUGGCCAUAUUAAGGAAUUCACCGCUCAAUAUCCGAAUGUGCACGUGGAAUUCAAUGAGGACAGGAUCAAAAUUGAAGGCCCCCCAGAGCAGGUGGAGGCAUCCUCGGAGGCGUUGGAGAAAAUGGUCAACGAUCUAACUGCGCGUCUCACUUUCGCUGAAUUGGUGGUGGAUCCGAUCUACUGCAAGCAUAUUAUCGGUAAGAACGGAGCCAACAUUAAUAGGAUGAAGGACGAAUACGAGGUGCUGAUCAACAUCGACGAGAAGGACUUGAAACCGAUCCGUAUCGAGGGACCGGCCGUCGGCGUUGAAAGGGCCAAGCAGGAGCUGCUUGAUAAGAUAGCGAAAUUGGAAAACGAAAAGGAAGAGUCCAUCGUAAUCGAUCAUCGUCUGUUCAAGACCAUUAUCGGUGCGAAGGGCGAAACGAUUCGGGAGAUCCGUGAUAAGCACAACCAGGUGCAGAUCGUCUUCCCAGGGCCGAAUGAUAAGUCGGAUAUUGUUAAAAUCCGCGGCCCUCGUGACGAUGUUGACAAGUGUCAUAAAUACUUGACCAAGUAUGUAAAGGAAUUACAGAAAAGUUCCUUUGUAAUGGAAGUGCCAAUUUUCAAGCAAUUCCACAAGUACAUUAUUGGCAAGGGUGGAGCGAACAUCAAGAAGAUCCGGGAUGAAACUCAAACCAAGAUAGAUCUUCCGGCCGAGGGUGAUAAAAACGAGGUAAUCCUCAUUACCGGUAAAAAAGAGAACGUAAAAGAUGCUCGUGAUCGCAUUCAAAAAAUUCAAGAAGAGCUUGCCAACAUCAUCACCGAGGAGAUCCAGAUCCCUCCGAAGUACUACAAUUCACUAAUUGGAUCGGGUGGCAAGUUAAUUUCGUCAAUAAUGGAGGAAUGUGGUGGGGUUUCCAUCAAGUUUCCUAGCCCGGAAUCCAAGAGCGAUAAGGUGGCUAUCCGCGGUCCGAAGGACGAUGUAGAACGUGCUAAGCAACAACUGGUUGAAUUGACAAACGAGAAAGAACUUUCUUCGUACACUGCCGAGGUGCGUGCCAAUCCGCAACACCAUAAGUUCCUCAUCGGCAAGAACGGCGCUUCCAUUAAGAAGAUCCGGGAUCUUACCGGAGCCAGAAUUAUUUUCCCAGGUAACAACGACGAUGACAAAGAAGUCAUAACAAUUAUUGGCAAAAAGGAAGGCGUUGAAGAGGCCAAAUCUCAGUUGGAAGCGAUUAUCAAGAAUAUUGACAACAUUGUAGAGGAUGAAAUAAGUGUGGAGCCGAGACACCACAAACAUUUUGUUGCGCGCCGUGGGGAGGUGUUGCAUCGCAUUCAGGAAGAGUGCGGAGGGGUAAUGAUAUCUUUUCCUCGCUCUGGUAUCGACAGCGAUCGUGUGACAUUGAAGGGUGCCAAAGAUUGCAUUGAGGCGGCCAAGUCGCGCAUCUUGGAAAUUGUAGACGAAUUGGUGCAGAUGGUUACGAUUGAGUGCAUCAUUCCAGCUCGUCAUCACCGUAUUGUGAUGGGAAAAGGGGGCUCAAAAGUGCAGGGAGUGACAGCCGAAUUUGAUGUCAACAUCAAAUUCCCAGAACGUGACGCGCAGGAAAUGGUCGUUGAUGCACAAAUGUCGAAUGGAGAUGUCAAUGGUGGUGAACCAAUCAAGACUACCGACAUUAUACGAAUCAGUGGUCGCCAAGAUAAGUGCGAGAAGGCAAAGGAAGCUCUACUAGCGCUCGUUCCGAUUACGGAAGAAAUCAAUGUUCCGUUUGAUCUUCACCGUUCAUUGAUUGGUCAGAAGGGCCGCGAUGUUAGGGAGUUGAUGAAUACUUAUGAUGUGCACAUUGAAUUAUCUCCUCAAGAUCAGAAAUUGGACGUUAUAAAGGUAACAGGAGCAAAAGCCUGUAUUGACGAAGCUAAAAUUGCAAUUGCCAGGCGUAUUGAGGAAUUGGAAGCUGACCGUAAAGAUCGUGAAUUGCGUUCGCAUGAAGUUAAGGUCGAAAUCGACCCAGAGUAUCAUCCAAAAAUCAUCGGCCGUCGUGGGGCCGUUGUUAAUAAAAUUCGUGCUACUCAUGGAGUGCAGAUUUCUUUUCCGAAGCAGGAUGAUCCUUGCAAUAAUAUUAUUACCAUUCAAGGCUACGAAGCAAAUGCAAUUGCUGCCAGGGAUGAGAUUCUGGGAAUUGUCGGUGAGCUUAGUUCGAUGUAUCGCGAAGAAGUUUCAAUUGAUGAGCGUGUCCAUCGUCGUUUCAUUGGAUUCAAGGGACGCCGCGUUCGUGAGAUCAAGGAAAUGUUCAAAGUAGAAAUCAGUUUCCCUCGUCCGGAAGAUCCGGAUCAAUCAAUUAUAGUGAUUGCUGGUAACAAUCAGGAUGACGUGGAAGCUUGUCGCGAUCAUUUGCUCAAUUUAGAGGAGGAAUUUUUACAGGAUGUGGUUACAGCGGUUCCUACCCAGCAGACCACAUUCACGCAAAUCCUGGAGGAUUCGAUGAGCAACAAUCAGGGUCGCCCGAAGCACGGAUUUGUUGUACAAGGCGCUCCAUGGCAACGCAAGACUCCGAACACUCAGUCACAGGAAGAUUUCCCUGAUUUUGGUUUAGGUGCAGCCCCAGCUGAACCGGCCCCACAAGCACCAAUAGCUUCCGCCUGGAACGCGCGCCACUAAGUCUGUUGUCCAUCUCACGGCGUUACAGCAGUUAUUUUCACAGAUAGAUAGAGGAAGCGCAACAGCGAGAGAUACAUAAAUCGAGAGAAAGAGAGUUUUCCUCCCAAGUUUGCAAUAGCAGUGCCCGGUUUUGUGUUUACUUUGUUUGUUUAGUCAGAACACAUUUAUUAAAUUCUAUCAGACUGGCAUUUUGAUCUCUCGCUCUCACGAUCUAAAGACAUACUCUGCGUUAUAUACAUCAAUAUCAGGCAGUUUCAACAAAUUUACAUUGUGCGAACUAUCUUUAUGAUACUAGAACAAAUAUUACUGUUUUUUUUUAUUAUUAUAUUAUGUUUGGUUCUAUGUUUCUUUGUUCUGUCGCCAUUCAGGAGCCACACGUAGGAAAAAAAAAAUACUGCGUGAAUACAAGAUUAGUGCAAAUUAUUGUACAUAAAAUUGCGGAGGAAAUAUAAUUUUUGCUUCUAGAAACGAAAAGAACGCAACAUCCGUAUUGAUGUGUUUUAAGAUUUGUUUUAUUGCACACACUAUAAACAACAGUUUCGUUAGGACUUCGUGUUGUAAACACACAUGGGAAAGACCAUCCUCGGAAAAUAUACAUUCAGUUUCACUCCAGGUUAUGCUACACACAUACGACGUUACACGUGGUGGAAUAAUACAUACCAAUUAUCAAUUACACGAGCAAACGAUAAGUUACGGUGAAUAUUAUGAAAGAUCAGGUUGGAGUUAUGUCUAAUUGCUUGACGAAUUUGAGAAAAAAAUGAACACCUACAUUAAUGAAUGGCACAUCCAGCGUACAUACAAUAUGUUUGUACGAUUUUCACCGGUUACACCUCAGACAAAUAGAAAUAUUUUACUGUAUGCCUCCAAUAAAGCAAGCUAAAUUGUUGCUAGUAGUGAAAUUUUUUUUGGACUACGUUACUUGAUCGUCUAGGUUGAUUAGGUGCAUGUACCCUCAGUUCAAUCAUUCAAUUAGAGCCUGCGGACAUAUUUCAAUACUAAGGGAAUUAGGUUUGAUUUAUUUAUUUCUUGACAAUCAUAUAUUUUGUGAGUAUCGAACGCUGGUGCGUAUCAUAUUUGGGAAAAAGCAAUUUUGAAAAUUCCAAAUGAUGGAAUGGUUUUCUUUAGACAUUAAAGUAAAAAACUCGCUAGGAAAUAGACACCUAAUUGUGUGCUAUGCAGUAUUGGAAAUUCUAAUUUUUUUAUUUUAUUUUGAAUAAUGUAAACGAAUAAUGUUAAUGGAGUAUCGUAUCAAAAUUGGCAUAGUACGAAGGUGGCUAAAUUCGUAAAAAGUCAUUACCCUCAAUAAUCUAACAGAAAUGAAAGCAUCAUCUAGAUGACACAGUGACAGAUAUCGAUUUUUAUCAACUGAGCUGCUUUCCGGAAGGUAAGCAGAUUUACAUUAAUUUUAAUACCGUGCGGCGCUCUAAUUCCGUGCUUUUCGUAUCAAAAUGUGAAAAAUAUCAAAUCUAAGAUGUUUCAAAAGAUAUUUUUGAAUGUGAUUGUGCUGUAUGUUCAAACAUACUUUUUGAAACAUCUUUUUAUAUUUGACAUAUUUUCACAUUUUGUGUGCACGGAAUAAGAAGCCGCAUGGUGACAUACAAAAAUAUUAACUCAACUGAGUUGACAUCCGGCAUAUUAUUGAUAUUAUUAUAGAAUGUUUGAAUCAAAAGUAUGACCAGGUGCUACAUUUUGCAGUUAGAAUUCAACAUUGGAAAACGAAUUGAUUUCAUAUGUCGAAUGAAAAAUAUGGUGGGCACACUACCGAGUAUAACAAUACUUGGGACUGUUCAAUUGAAUUUUUGUUCUUGUUUUUCUUGACAAUAUAACUUUUAUUUGAUGAAAGUCGGGUAAAACCUCACGUAUUACGAAGAUUUUGCAAUGGUUAAUCGGACUACGCUUGACAUACGAUUUACUACAAACCAACGCUAGCGGAAACUGUUAAGAUUUGAAUGAUCAACGAUGCCUCCGCCUCAGCAGUAUAUCUUCGAGACAUGCCGCUUUGGAGACACGCGACCAUCCAAAUUACAAUAUGAUUCCUUUCUCACUGCUGCUGCUGUUUGAUAAUGGGUUUUGAGAGAAAUACAUCCUCUAGUCCGACCACUCUAUCAUAAAAGGAAAUUGACCCCCCAACGCUCAUACUCUAAACGGAUAUCGGUUCGGAAUUGUGAAGACCGGAGACAAGCGUAGAUCGUAAGGACAUUUAAAAAAAAGUAGUAGCUUCCAAAGAAUAGGAAUGAAGAUUGAAAAAUUACGAAAAAAUGGAGUGAAAACAGUAUAUUAUGCAACACCCGUUAACUGUAUUACUGUAUACAUAAAACAAAUAAAAAAUAGGUGAACACUUUUUUAUACCGUGAGCCAAUGUCUGUCGGUGAGGUAAAGAAUCACAAUCAAGUUUCAAACAUUAGUUUUGAAGAGCAAUAAUUUUACUACACACCUUUGGUGCAUUAACCGAAGCAUUUACAUACUCACUUACACUCUGUACGUACACUUAAACUGCUCAAUCUAUGUACGCUUUUGAACAUCAACCGAAGUAAGUAAAAGAAUAACAGAAAUACAACACCCACACGAAAACAUUCAAAAAAGCAGUUUGCGAACCUGUUCAAUUGUUGCAGAACCAAUCGAAACGAAACUGAUAUUAGGUAAUAUAAAGCAGAUUGUUUAUAUCUAGUUUCUGUUCGUUUAAGUGUUUACUAAAUAAACAAAAAAAGCAAAAAGUAAUAACGCGGCACACGCAACAACUGAUAACAAAAGUGCAAACAAGAAAAACCGGAACUGUAGAACUUCUUGAUUGAUUUUUUUACAGUGAAAUAAAAAAAAUCGUCUAUAUAUUUUUUGAUAAUCAAGAAUAGUGAAUGUAUAAACAUUGACGAAGAAUUAUUUUUCUAUUUUUUAAACAAUAAUUAUAGUAUACAACUAGUUUGAUCCUAAGAAAAGUAAAAAAACAAGCCACAGAAACGAAGCAUAAAGCGGAGGAACAAUAAAUAUUGUGCUAAAAACGCAAAAGUUUGAGGAGCAGUUACUGGAGACGAUUUAGAUUAUACACUCAUCAAACUAAAAAAUAUACAUAAUAAUUAUAGUUAUAUACAUAAUCGGAGAUAGAAGGAACUACAAACUACAUGGCUACCGUUUUUUUGUAGGAUCGCAGUUGGCAAUGAGAGUGCAAAUGUGAGCAAAAAAAAGUUAGGAAGGAAAGCGAACAGUCAGUCAGACAUAAUUUAAGGAGUGAACUCUAUUAACCUUUUUGCUGUGUAACAUCGAUGAUGGAGAGAAUUAAUAAAACUUAUUACAUUUUCCGUAAUUGUUUAAAAAACGUUUUUGGUGCGUUUAAUGAGUUUAAAUUUAAAUUCUUCAA